GCCUGCCAUUUCUUGGAAAGCAAACGGUCCGAGCAAGCGUGUUUCAAGCAGCCGUGUGGUGUGUAAGUGAAUAGUGAGACUAACAGAUUCUUCUUGCAAAACCCCGAUCCAUAACCAUGCCAGACUGGCGAGAGCGUGACGAUUCGGACCGCAGCUAUGGCGGUGGUGGUGGUGGUGGUGGUGGCGAUAGCUAUGGUAGCUACGACCGCGAGCGCCGCGAUUACCGCAGCGACCGCGGCGGAUACGACCGCAACGGUGGUGGCGGUGGAUACCGUUCGGGCGGUGGCAGCAGCGGAGGAUACGGUGGCCGGCGUGAUGAUGAUGGUGGCUACCGAGGCGGCGGUGGCGGUUACCGAGGCAGCGGCGGUGCUGGCGGUGGAGCAGGUGGUGGCAGCCGCGGCCCGCCCAGGAUUGACCCGGCCACGGCCAAGACCGAGGUGUUCGAGGUCGAGGCGGACAAGGUGAAGUUUAUUAUUGGCCGCGGCGGUAACAAGAUCCGCGAAAUCCAGGACCGUUGCCGUGUGUCGGUGCAGAUUGACAAGGCUCGCAACGAGAAUGGCGCCAAUAAUGUAUCGGUGAUGGGCGACCAGCUGAACAUUGAUCGUGCCCGUGACAUGAUCAACACGAUCAUCAACGAUGACCGGCGGGACCGUGAGGACGAUCGGCGUCGUGACGGUGGUGGCUACUAAGCGCGGGGCGGAACCGACCCAUCUCCUGGUUCUUGUCCGGCACCCGCACCACCCCACCCAACCUCCCCGCCACCCGUAAUGAUAACAGCAACAAAGCAGCAGCGCGAGAGAAGGAGAGAAGCUAUCUACAGAGUCAACACGCGUAUCGCACCAGUUCUCUGGAGCGCCGCACACAGCCAGUCCCUCCGCAGGUGCACAAGUUGAGCAAAUGUAAGGAGUUGAAGGUGACAAUGAAGGAAAUAUUAAAGCAAACCCGAGACAAAAGUAAAACAAACAAGAAGGAGAAGAGUCAAGCAUUAAGAGAAGAAGAAGAAAAAAACAAACGGAAAACAACGGGAUAUUCCCCCGGGUGGUGGCGGCUGCAAGUUGAACUCGCAGGACAACAGAGUGUUAGCAACGUUCUAUUGCAUUUUAUUCGUCCGCUAUUUAUACCCCCAUGGAACAAGGAGCAAUGUUAUGUGCUGCUUUUAUCGCUAGAAGAAAAAGGGCGAAUGUGUAGAGUAUAGAAACACAAAGUAGUAGUGGACGCAUCCCGUCUGAAUCAUUGCCUGGAGUUGGUUGUACAGUUGAUAAUCGCAACAUAUGUUCAUUUGUCGCUUUAAGACACGCUCUCCGACGACGCGCUCGAAUCGUAUCCUUUUAUCGUGUACAUUUUACGAGACUGAUUCUAUUCGUUCUCUUUGUUUCGUUUUCUUACGUUAAUUGUACCAAAAGAACGAAUCAUUCAAACCCCCCUCGCCUCACUGAGAACGGCCGACAACGAGAGAAAGAAAGGUAGAAAGACAGAGAGCAAAGAGGAAGAAACAGAACGUAUCCAAGGCUUUUAGGAGUUUAUAGGCUUAGAAAGAAGCAAAACGAUGCAUGGAACAGGGAAGAACUACUCACAGUAACUACUACUACUACUACUACUAACUCACGAGAAUAGAAUCGAAGUGUAUCAGGACCAAAACGUACGAAGCAUUAUUACUUACUGCAAAAAGGUAAAUAAUAAAGUAGGAUUCCAUCGUGACACAACUCAAAAAGAAACCGACCCAGGUGUAUUUACAAGCAGAGAUGACGACUAGCCAACCACGAAAUACACACGAAACGCGAUUACACGACCUUGUCCUGUUUCCUUUUCCAGGACAUCACUGCGAAACUGUCGACUACUACGUCGUAUGAAUCAUUUCCGUCGAAAAAAUACACACUAGUAGAGUAGUUGGAAGAAUAGUAGAUGCUACACUGCACUACAAAACGAUGGACUCGGUGGACUUAACAGACACAAACACAUCGAUACUAUUCAUACAAGACCUACUAGAUUUAAAUGGACUUUGUUUUGGGUUAUGACUAUCAUGAAAGAAUGUAGUGGUGAAGGUCGGUCUCCCGCACCACUCCGGCGGGUCAAGACGGGUAUGGACGGAUUCACCCGUCGUCGUCGUCGUCGUCUGAUCUGAAGUUGAGCGAUAAUAUGAGAAUGGCGCGUACGUUAAGUUGGGAUUAGGGAAGCAUCAGCUGCUUAUUCCUGCCUGAUAUUAAGACUGUGUCGUCGUCAUCAGGGGCUACAGAAAUGAGAUGAUGUUCGGGGAUGAUAAUAUGUGGUGUAGUCAAAAUGCCAACAAAUGAAGAUGAAGAUAGAACAGCUAGAGAGCUUUUAAAACGAGGCAUUUCCGGAUGACAAACAUUUUAGAAUGUGUGGUACAAACUCCCCCAUCUCAUCUUUCUUCCCUCAGUGCCCAGAGAUUUGUCAAAGCUUAACCGUGAGCAUAGCAGAGAGUAGCGGCAGUGAAAUGUAUUAGACAUUGCAAGAGGGUAACACUAACCAUGCAUUAGAAAUGGACGGCGAAACGCAGAUGCUGAAGCAACGGUUGAUGACGUAUUAACGUGUCUCCUCUGUUCGCUUACUCUUCCCAGGGAGAAGAAAAGUAAUAGAAACUCGAUGGUGAAAACGA